UAGAGGAGGGUGUCGGGGUCAGGGUUAGUAUCUAGGAGCUGAGUAAUUGCAAAUCACUCACUAAGUCAGGAUCAAGGGACCUGGGCAACUCCAUAUUCCACUUAGUGUCUGGAGUUCAUCUGAUCUACUCAGGCUGGGGCUUAUGUGACAGGUGAGGACCCAAGGUCCCUGCAAGAGCUGAUUCAGGUGACUGAACUCCCCUUGUCUCCCCGGAGCAGAGCAUGACUGCACUCCUGCCCCUACUGCUGGGCCUCAGCCUGGGCUGCACCGGAGCAGGUGGCUUUGUUGCCCACGUGGAAAGCACCUGUCUGUUGGAUGAUGAUGGGACUCCAAUGGAUUUCACGUAUUGUAUUUCUUUCAACAAGGAUUUGCUGUCCUGCUGGGAUCCAGACAAGGGCAAUAUGACCACUUGUGAAUUUGGGACACUGAGGCCAUUGGCUGAUAUAAUCUCAAAGCAGCUCAACCAAAUUGAAGGCCUGCACCAGCGCUUGUCCAGGGGACUCAGUAACUGUGCCACACACACCCAGGCCUUCUGGGGAUCACUGACCAAUAGGACACGGGCACCAUCUGUGCAAGUAGCCAAAACCACUCCUUUCAACACGAAGGAACCUGUGAUGCUGGCCUGCUACGUGUGGGGCUUCUAUCCAUCUGACGUGAACAUCAUGUGGAGGAAGAACGGGGAGCCUGUCCUCCCUCACAGCAACGCCCACAAGAUUGCCCAGCCCAAUGGAGACUGGACCUACCAGACCGUCUCCUACUUAGCCACAUCCCCCUCUUAUGGGGACACCUACAUUUGUGCGGUGGAGCACAUUGGGACUCCCCAGCCCAUCCUUCAGUACUGGACUCCUGGGCUGUCCCUGAUCCAGACAGUGAAGGUUUCUGUGUCUGUAGUGACCCUGGGCCUGGGCUUCAUCAUCUUCUUUUUUGGUUUCUUCAGCUGGCGGAGACAUCGCUCCUCUGGCUACACUUACAUCCCUGGGUCCAGUUAUCCAGGAGGUGAGCAUAUUUCCUAGAGCCGGAAACCGACAACUUUCACUCCCAGUGAGAAGGAGAUUCAGACUCUUAAUGCUGCUGCUGUGCACACAACAGCCCUGAAACCUCUGAUUAAUCUUGGAUCCUAUGGUUUCUCCAGCCAAGUCUUUGAGUUUUCCAGCUGCCCCAAUGUAAACUUUCACGACUUGGGGGGACUCAAUCCUGGGAAUAUUCUGUAACCCAGUUACUGUCCAAGGCCAUUUUUCUGAGGUGAUUAUAAUCCAGAGAGGGAGGUUAACGACCCUUCUGGGGACACCAUGGUGCCAUGGAGGGCAAUGAGUUGCUGGUGGUCAUCUCUGAGGAAUAAACUCUGAUGGAAAUAUUGUUUUUCUGUGCUUUCUCCUGAGGGCCCUGGAGGAACGAGGAGCAUUUAGGGACUGGAUUUGUUUCUGUCCUACUUGAGUAGGGGUGUCAGUGCCUCCUCCCAUUUUUUCUAUUUAGGCAUGGCAGAAUUUGGGGCAGUGUUCUGAUUUAUAAAUUCAUAAAAAAAAAUUUAACUGCUGGGACGGAGUCACAGAGUGACGGAAAGGAAGGAUUAACAGUUCACUUACCCUGUGAGGAAUCUUGUGAGGAUUAAAUGAGUUCACACUUCAAAUGGCUUAGAGCACUGCCCAGCCCAUAGGAACCCACAGUAAUGGCUUAGCAAUUAUCAGUCGCUCAAGUUCCUGUGCAUUGUCGAGGAGCUUUACACCCAUAGCUUCAUUUGAUCUUCAACAAAACCCUGAUGCAGACUCACAGAUGAUCAGGAUUCAGGGUACAGAGGUUCAGGUCCAAGUUCAGGGCAGUUAUUUCUUCCAUGUCCUCCGUGUGGAAGGCCCCCGAGCUCCACGCUUACCAUGACCUGGAUACCAGAGUAGGUGGUUUAUGCUAGAGCCUCAUUCACUUCUUAUAAAAACCCCAUAAAGGGCCUCCCCGGUGGCGCAACGGUUGAGUGCAGGGUUGCGAAGUUGGCCGCAGCCUCUGCAGGGCUGGUUCGAUCCCUGGCUGCUCCCCGGCCACCAGAGGAGGGUCCCACAUGGCGCGCAGACUCUCCUGCCGCCCGCUG